AUGGCGACAUGGAGAGAGCCACUGUCGCAACCCCGUGCUGGGCACGCCACUAUAGCGGCGAUAAGACCCCUCUUCGAAGAGUGGCUUAAGAGACGCCACGGCAUCCUCACCUUCCGCCUGACGCAGGUCCUCACCGGACACGGUGUGUUCGGGAGGUUCCUGCACCGAAUCGGGCGGGAGGAAACGCCCGGGUGCUCCCACUGCGAGGAUGGACCGGAGGACACGGUGGAACACACCGUGGAGGUGUGCCCUGCUUGGGCGGAGCACCGCCGUGUCCUCGUAGCGGCGAUAGGCGGCGGCGACCUCUCGCGUCCGGCCCUGGUCGAAGCCAUGGUCCGGAGCGAGACGGAAUGGGAUGCCGUCACCACCUUCUGCGAAGCAGUGAUGCUAGCGAAGGAGGUGGCGGAGCGGGAGAAGGAGAGAGCAGCACCUUUCCUCCCCGGCCGCCGCGGGAGACGCCCCGGGCGUCGGGGGCUACGUCGUGGCCCCCGGCCACCGUAG